CCACAAUUACAAACCCUAAUCAACUCUCAGAUUCAAUCCAACCCAACCAUGGCCGACGAAGCUAAAGCCAAAGGAAACGCCGCCUUCUCCUCCGGCGACUUCACCUCCGCCGUCACCCACUUCACCGCCGCAAUCAACCUCUCCCCAACCAACCACGUCCUCUUCUCCAACCGCUCCGCCGCCCACGCCUCCCUCCACAACUACGCCGAAGCUCUCUCCGACGCCAAGAAAACCGUCGAGCUCAAACCCGACUGGGCCAAGGGCUACAGCCGCCUCGGCGCCGCUCACUUGGGUCUAAACCACUUGGACGAAGCAGUCGAAGCCUACUCCAAGGGCCUCGAGAUCGAUCCAAACAACGAGGCGUUGAAAUCGGGGCUAGCAGACGCGUCGCGGUCACGCGCCGCUCCUCCUCCGAAUCCUUUUGGGGAUGCUUUCAAGGGGCCUGAGAUGUGGGCCAAGCUGACGGCGGAUCCGUCGACUAGAGGGUUCUUGAAGCAGCCUGAUUAUGUUAACAUGAUGCAGGAGAUUCAGAGGAAUCCGAGUAGUUUGAAUCUUUACUUGAAGGAUCAGAGGGUUAUGCAGUCUCUUGGGGUUUUGUUGAAUGUCCAGUUCAGGACUCAGGCUGGGGAUGAAGCUGAGGGGGAGAGGGAGAGGGAGGAGGAUGAGAUGGUUGUGAAUGAGCCUGUGGUUGUUGAGAAGAAGCGAGAGGUUGAGCCUGUUGUUGAGACGGAGGAGGUUGUUGAGGAGAGGGAGAAGAAGGAGAGGAAGGAGAAGGCUUUGAAGGAGAAGGAGAUGGGGAAUGCUGCGUAUAAGAAGAAGGACUUUGAUACUGCUAUCAAGCAUUACUCUGCGGCGAUGGAGAUUUUUGAUGAAGAUAUCUCUUUUAUCACUAAUCGUGCUGCUGUUCAUCUUGAGAUGGGACAGUAUGAUGAGUGCAUCAAGGAUUGUGAUAAGGCUGUUGAAAGAGGUAGGGAGCUUAGAUCAGAUUACAAGAUGGUAGCUAAAGCUUUGACUAGGAAAGGAACAGCUUUGGGGAAGAUGGCUAAAGUCUCGAAAGACUAUGAACCUGUGAUUGAGACUUACCAGAAGGCUCUUACGGAGCACCGUAACCCAGACACUUUGAAGAGGCUGAAUGAGGCAGAGAGGGCCAAGAAAGAGUUGGAGCAGCAAGAGUAUUUUGAUCCCGCUAUUGGUGAUGAGGAGCGUGAGAAAGGUAAUCAGUUUUUCAAGGAGCAGAAGUAUCCUGAUGCUGUGAGACAUUACACUGAAGCGAUCAAAAGGAAUCCAAAAGACCCGAGAGCAUACAGCAACCGAGCUGCCUGUUACACAAAACUUGGGGCAAUGCCCGAAGGAUUGAAGGAUGCAGAGAAGUGCAUCGAGCUCGAUCCAACAUUCUCAAAGGGAUACAGCAGAAAAGGUGCAGUCCAAUUCUUCAUGAAGGAGUAUGACAAUGCAAUGGAAACGUACCAGGAGGGUCUCAAACAUGAUUCUAACAAUCAGGAGCUUCUCGACGGUGUUAGAAGAUGUGUGCAACAGAUCAACAAGGCAAACCGUGGUGACCUUACUCCCGAGGAGUUAAAAGAAAGACAGGCCAAGGGAAUGCAAGACCCGGAGAUCCAAAACAUUCUCACAGAUCCUGUAAUGAGACAGGUUCUGUCUGAUCUCCAGGAGAAUCCAGCGGCAGCACAGAAACACAUGCAGAACCCAAUGAUCAUGAACAAAAUCCAAAAGCUUAUCAGCUCAGGAAUCGUCCAGAUGAAAUAA